AUGGAGGUGGCUGUGGAGAAGGCAGCGCCGGCCGCGGCUCCGGCAGCGGCCGCCGGGGGGCCCUCGGCGGCCCCGAGCGGGGAAAACGAGGCCGAGAGCCGGCAGGGCCCGGACUCGGAGCGCGGCGGUGAGGCGGCCCCGCUCAACCUGUUGGACACUUGCGCCGUGUGUCACCAGAACAUCCAGAGCCGGGCGCCCAAGCUGCUGCCCUGCCUGCACUCGUUCUGCAAGCGCUGCCUGCCCGCGCCCCAGCGCUACCUCAUGCUGCCCGUGCCCAUGCUGGGCUCGGCCGAGACCCCGCCGCCCCCGCCCGGCCCCGGCUCGCCGGUCAGCGGCUCCACGCCGUUCGCCACCCAAGUUGGAGUUAUCCGAUGUCCAGUGUGCAGCCAAGAAUGUGCAGAGAGACACAUCAUAGAUAAUUUUUUCGUGAAGGACACUACUGAGGUUCCCAGCAGUACAGUAGAAAAAUCUAAUCAGGUGUGUACAAGCUGUGAGGACAAUGCUGAAGCUAAUGGGUUUUGUGUAGAGUGUGUUGAGUGGCUCUGCAAGACUUGCAUUAGAGCCCAUCAGAGGGUGAAGUUCACCAAAGACCACACAGUUAGACAGAAAGAGGAAGUAUCUCCAGAGGCAGUUGGUGUAACCAGUCAGCGGCCAGUGUUUUGUCCUUAUCAUAAAAAGGAGCAGUUGAAGCUUUACUGUGAGACAUGUGACAAACUGACCUGUCGGGACUGUCAGCUGCUAGAACACAAAGAGCACAGAUACCAAUUUAUAGAAGAAGCUUUUCAGAAUCAAAAAGUGAUAAUAGAUACACUGAUCACCAAACUGAUGGAAAAAACAAAGUACAUAAAAUAUACAGGAAACCAGAUCCAAAACAGAAUAAUUGAAGUUAAUCAAAAUCAAAAGCAGGUGGAACAGGAUAUUAAAGUUGCUAUCUUCACACUGAUGGUAGAAAUAAAUAAAAAAGGAAAAGCUCUGCUACAUCAGCUAGAGAGCCUUGCAAAGGACCAUCGCAUGAAACUUAUGCAGCAACAGCAGGAAGUGGCUGGACUUUCUAAGCAGUUGGAACAUGUCAUGCAUUUUUCUAAAUGGGCAGUUUCCAGCGGCAGCAGUACAGCAUUACUUUACAGCAAGAGACUGAUUACGUACCGGCUGCGGCACCUCCUUCGUGCAAGGUGUGACGCUUCCCCAGUGACAAAUAACACCAUCCAGUUUCACUGUGAUCCAAGUUUCUGGGCCCAGAAUAUUAUCAACUUAGGUUCUUUAGUAAUUGAAGAUAAAGAGAGCCAACCACAAAUGCCUAAGCAGAAUCCUGUGGUGGAACAGAAUGCACAGCCAUCAGGUGGUUUACCUUCAAACCAGUUAUCCAAGUUUCCAACACAGAUCAGCCUAGCUCAGUUACGACUCCAGCAUAUGCAGCAACAGGUAAUGGCUCAGAGGCAACAGGUGCAACGGAGGCCAGCACCUGUGGGUUUACCAAACCCUAGAAUGCAGGGGCCCAUCCAGCAACCUUCCAUCUCUCAUCAGCAAUCCCCUCCACGUCUGAUAAACUUUCAAAACCACAACCCUAAACCCAAUGGACCAGUUCUUCCUCCUCAUCCUCAACAGCUGAGGUACCCACCAAGCCAGAGUGUACCACGCCAAGCAAUAAAACCCAAUCCCCUACAAAUGGCUUUCCUGGCUCAACAAGCCAUUAAACAGUGGCAGGUCAGCAGCGGACAGGCUGCCCCCUCCACCGCCAGCAGCACGUCCUCCACCCCCUCCAGUCCCACCAUCACCAGUGCAGCAGGCUACGACGGAAAGGGCUUUGGUUCACCUAUGAUUGAUUUGAAUUCAUCAGUAGGAGGAAGCUCUUACAAUCUUCCUUCUCUUCCAGAUAUGUUAGCUAUCUCUGGCUCUUCCAGCAAACCAGCAGGAGCAGAUUCUACUCACAAAGUCCCCGUGGUCAUGUUGGAGCCAAUCCGAAUCAAACAAGAAAACAGUGGACCACCCGAAAAUUAUGAUUUCCCUGUUGUUAUAGUGAAACAAGAAUCAGAUGAAGAAUCUAGGCCUCAAAAUACCAACUAUCCCAGAAGCAUACUCACUUCCCUGCUUCUAAAUAGUAGUCAAGGUUCUGCUUCUGAGGAAACUGUGCUAAGAUCUGAUGCCCCUGAUAGCACAGGUGAUCAACCUGGGCUCCAGGAAAAUUCCUCCAAUGGAAAGGCCGAGUGGCUGAACACCUCCCAGAAGUCACCCCUUCAUAUUGCUGAGACAAGGAAGGAGGAUGACCCCAAUGAGGACUGGUGUGCAGUUUGUCAAAAUGGAGGAGAACUCCUAUGCUGUGAGAAGUGUCCCAAAGUCUUCCAUCUCUCCUGCCAUGUGCCCACCUUGGCGAAUUUUCCAAGUGGAGAGUGGAUUUGUACUUUCUGCCGAGACUUGUCAAAACCCGAAGUUGAAUAUGAUUGUGAUGCUCCUAAUCACAACUCAGAAAAAAGGAAAUCCGAAAGCCUCGUGAAGUUAACACCAAUAGACAAAAGGAAGUGUGAACGCCUACUUUUGUUUCUUUACUGCCAUGAAAUGAGCCUGGCUUUCCAAGACCCUGUUCCUCUAACUGUGCCUGAUUAUUACAGAAUAAUUAAAAAUCCCAUGGAUUUGUCAACCAUCAAGAAAAGACUCCAAGAGGAUUAUUACAUGUACACAAAGCCUGAAGAUUUUGUAGCUGAUUUUAGAUUGAUUUUUCAAAACUGUGCUGAAUUCAAUGAGCCUGAUUCAGAAGUAGCCAGUGCCGGUAUAAAACUUGAAAGUUAUUUUGAAGAACUUCUAAAGAACCUUUAUCCAGAAAAAAGGUUUCCUAAACUCGAAUUCAGGAAUGAAUCAGAGGAUAACAGAUGUAGUGAUGACUCAGACGAUGACUUUGUACAGCCCCGGAAGAAACGCCUCAAAAGCACCGAGGAACGCCAGUUGCUUAAAUAAGUAGCACCAUUGGCAUAUGCUUAUUUUUAGAUAUUUUUUGUCUUAUUGUUUCAAAAACAAAAAACAUUUGCCAUUAAUUUAACCUCCUGCAAAGAUGAGUUUGUGAGACCUCUGAUCUAUUUUCAUUGUUUACCAGACUUUGGUUUCCUGAAAUGAAAUUUUUUAACUUAUCAAAUAAAAUGGAUGCAAAUAAAUGGAAGACGAAAAAGAUGCAGAAGAAAAUGAAGCACGCAAGCAAGAAAAAACAAGCAUGAAAGAAAACUAAAUGAAAACCUUUUUCCCACCUCUUGAGUGACAGCUACUAGGGAAAGGAAAUAGACUUUGUAUGACCUCUCCGUUGAAAUGUAAUAUAAUUUGAAUGUGUGCAUUAAUCCAUUUUUAGAUUACAAAUGCCACUACCCAUUGAUUAUGGUCCAAGCAUAUGAAUUAGUUUACUGUUCUUAAAAGUACUACCAGGGCUUGGGCAGUAACAAAAGUUCUUUCAACCAGGAUGCCAACUGGUAUACCAAAAGGGUUGUAGAUUAGAUAUUCAGAAGGAUCUAAUAGUAUAUCAUGUAAUAUGGCAACUAUAUUAAAGAAAUCAGGAAAACAAAUGUUGAUUUUUGCUUUUAUUCUUACCUUGUCUGUAGACGUGUUUGGUCUAGCAGGUUUUCAAGGCCAUUUUUCAUCCAUUUCUAGAUGUAGAUUUUGUUCAGCUUCUUCUCGAAGUAAGAGUGUGCACGUUUGUUUUUGCUGUGUGUCUGUGUGGUUUUUUGGCUUUUUUUCAACUGUGCAGGUUGAUCCUUUUAUAGCAAGCCUAUAGCAGGUAGUAGAACUAACCAAAAUAUCCAGUAGUGUGUAUGAGUGUACCAUAUUUGGUGUAAGAUUUCUUCAUUAUGUGCCCCUGAGAAACACUAAAUACAAGUUGCCCUGAAAAAGGGAUACGAUUUUGUGUGUGUGUGUGUGUUGGUUUAGUUUUCCUUUUCAUCUGUCUAUAAUUUCGAGUAAAGAGUAUGUUUGGUAUCUGGGAAGAAAUUUGGGACAGAAAUUAUAGAUGAAAGUAUUUCCUGAAACUUCUGGUUUCUGUUUGGUGAAUUAAUUAAUUGAUUUUUUUUUUUUUUUUAAGAAUCAGGACCUCAAAUUCCAACUCUGAUUAGGCUAAGUUCAUGAAGAACUUCGUUUUUAUUCCGAUAGAGAUACAAAAGAUCUAUCUUUUUGGAACAAGGCAGUUCUUCAUGGACCACACCAAACUAACUUAGCUGACACCCAAGUGUUUUAUUUUUUUCACUGGGCCUGGGGAUUAGAUGAAUUGUCAGCACAGCAAACUAAAUUAAGAGAGAAGAAAGUUGCUAGGCCACAUAGACCAACAUUUGACAAAAUACUUACACAUGAAUGUGUUCAGUUUGCCACAGUAAACCUUUAUUAAUUAACACUACAAUUAAUGUUUGACUGGAGGAAAUUUCUCUAAGAUGACAGAAUAAGAAUAUAACUGACUUGAAUUCUUUGAUUCUAGCAUCUCACACAUUAAGACAAAAAGAACUUGUUUUUUAACCAGCUAUCAUUUAUUGCUUAAAAUGGGCAAUUUGAAAAUAUUCUGUGGAUAAUUGAUAGAAUUUUCAGAUAUCACUGGAGAUAGAAGGAGAAAUUAGCAAUGGCUUCUUAUUUUCUAUAUAGACUCGUCUGUAAUAUGCCAACUAUGUAUUAAUUGUUAAAAAGUCUUAGUAAUUACUUUUCCAAGUGUGUUACACCAUGAUGAAUCUUGUGUUAUUUUGAAUAUACAAUUGACAUUUGUUCUCCAAAGACUAUUUGAGCAAAUUUUAUAGUGACACAUAACGCCUUUUAAUUGUCUUAUUGCUCCUCCAGCAUCUUCAUUCAACACAGUGCUAUGGAACUCUUGCUAAUAAGUCUAUUAUUCAUACCUUAGACUACUGCUCUGUUGAUAAUUUAUUCUCCCCUACCUCUACAAUUUUUAGAAUCAUCAGUAGGGGAAAUAGAGCCUAAGGAAGUAGAAUUCUCUACAG